AUGAAUGGCACCGACCUCAAGAAAGCCGCCAUCAGCCAGGCCAAGAAGGUUGCGACAACGGCCGCCCUGGCAGCAAACGGAAAUGGCCAAAAGAAACGGCGGAAAGGCGACAACCUCAAGCCCAUCAUAACCAGCGAAAACGCGACUGCGUCGAGUCUUCACGAUAGCCCCACUCCAGCAGACCCAGACGCCAUGGAUUCGCCUCUGCCUCACGCGAAGGUCCCUGUAAAUAACUCACAUAUUGACAGAUCCCCGUCCUCUUCCACCUCCGAAGACGACCCUGCCGAGACCACUGCGGACGAAGAAGACUCCGAGGAUUACUGCAAGGGCGGAUAUCAUCCCGUCCAUGUUGGCGAAACAUACAACAACGGUAAAUACGUGGUGGUGCGGAAGUUGGGUUGGGGUCAUUUCUCCACUGUCUGGCUUUCAAGAGACACAACAACGGGCAAACACGUCGCCCUCAAGGUCGUUAGAUCGGCGGCGCACUACACAGAAACAGCCAUUGACGAAAUCAAAUUAUUAAACAAGGUCGUGCAAGCGAACCCCAACCACCCGGGUCGAAGAUAUGUCGUCAGCCUCCUCGAUUCUUUCGAGCACAAGGGUCCGAAUGGUGUCCAUGUUUGUAUGGUCUUUGAGGUGUUGGGAGAAAACCUGCUGGGUCUCAUCAAGAGAUGGAACCAUCGCGGCAUUCCAAUGCCACUGGUGAAACAAAUCACCAAACAAGUUCUUUUGGGUCUGGACUACCUACAUCGUGAAUGCGGCAUCAUUCACACUGACCUGAAGCCUGAAAAUGUUCUGAUUGAGAUCGGUGAUGUCGAACAGAUUGUCAAAGCAUUUGUCAAGGAAGAGAAAGAAUCCACAAAAGACGACAACAGAAAUGGACGGAGACGGAGACGGACUCUGAUCACCGGAAGUCAGCCCCUCCCCAGUCCGCUUAACGCCAGCUUCACAAACUUGGACAAAAUUGGGGCACACCACCACGCCCCCAGUAGCCUGAAUCAGGUAAUUAAUGAUUCUGUUGCAAACAAGUCGACAGACGGCCUCUCCAUGCUCGAACAGCUGAAGCUGAAGGCAAAAGAGAACAAGGCGAAUGAGGAGCCGUCUACUGGCGAGAAGGCGAGAGAAGGGACAACGGAUCCUUUAGAAAAGGACUUGGCUGGAGUCUCCCUUGACAAUAAGAAGUCGUCGGAUGUCGACAAAGUGUUGAAGGCAGCCAAGAAUGAGGACGAGCCCCUGGGUGAGAUUAUCUCCGUCAAAAUCGCAGACUUGGGUAAUGCUUGCUGGGUGGGCCAUCAUUUCACGAACGAUAUCCAGACUCGACAAUAUCGGUCGCCAGAGGUGAUUCUGGGUGCCAAAUGGGGCGCCAGCACCGAUGUGUGGAGCAUGGCAUGCAUGGUAUUUGAACUGAUAACAGGCGACUACCUCUUCGAUCCCCAAUCAGGAACCAAAUACGGUAAAGACGACGAUCAUAUUGCACAGAUUAUUGAACUGCUCGGCCCAUUCCCGAAAUCUUUGUGCCUGUCGGGGAAAUGGUCACAAGAGAUCUUCAACCGAAAAGGCGAGCUGCGUAAUAUCCAUCGACUACGACAUUGGGCUCUACCUGAUGUGUUGCGAGAGAAAUAUCAUUUCUCGGUGGAGGAGGCCAAGCGGAUCAGUGAUUUUUUGACCCCGAUGCUCGAAUUACCUCCGGAAGCGCGUGCCAAUGCGGGUGGGAUGUCGAAUUCAGAGUUCCUGAAGGGCGUCAAGGGCAUGGAGAAUAUCAAUGUCGAUGUCCCUGUGGGAUCCAAGGGCGAAGGGAUUGAAGGAUGGGCGUGUGAAGUUAAAAAGCGAUGA